AUGGACGUCUCAGAUAUUCCAAGCAGCCAAGAGACGGUAGAAGAUCCCACUUUACCAGGCUGCUCUGCUGAGGGGGCUACUAUCAUUCUAACACCAGAAAACGCUGAGGCGCGGCUGGUGUUUCAUGAGGUUGCUGAAUGGCUGCAGAUACAAAGCGAUGACCCUCCCGUUCAGGCUGCAAAGCAACACACGCGAAAAUGCAUGUGGAUUUCCUCAAAGCAGCAAAAUGAUCAUGAAGUCGGCCGGUUAUUCAGAGCAGCAUCGGAAAAUCUCUCAUCAUCAUCACCGAUCUCGUCGCCGCGGGAUCCAAGAUCAUCAUUCCUCCCACAAGACGAGAGCGAAGAGGAGUUUAGAACCUGGAAAGGCCACUACUUCAUAUCGCUCGAUAUACCCCCUCGAAAUCCUUCAAGAGGAUGGGUGAUAGGGUCUUUAAGAGAUGGCCCUCAUUUAAACGAUAUCGUCCUUUGUUUACGGUCUGGCAACAACAAGAUAUACAAAGUUCAACGCAAUCAAGCUAUUUUCCAAAUCGAUGAAACAAGCUUCGUAUAUGUGCAGCCAAUGACCGACAGAUCCACCACCAUGGUGAAUGGGGAUAAGAUCUCUAGGAAGAGAGUUUUCAACCAGUCAUCUGCUCGGCUAGCCUUUGGCUCUCUUUGCUACCGCAUCCAGUACGCUCGAGGGUCCUACGCCGACGACUACCCCAGCAGAGUCAAGGAUUACUUGGAUGAGCACCUCAAGAUACACACCAGUCUGCUGGAGCUAUCACUGACACCAACACCAUCUGAAAGCAACCCCAUCACCAUUGGACAAUGGACCGUUAGCGCAGGCACUGUAGGCAAAGGAGCUUCCGGAAUGGUUAGCAUCGCUUCGAAUGACCAUGGCCAACGUGUUGCUUUGAAGAGGGUGCAGGUUGGCAGGGACAGAGAGCGCACGCGGAAAGUUCAGACAAAGCUUGAAGCACUCGCCGCAUUGUGCCAGAGGAAGAACGAAAACCGUCUACUGCAACUUAUCGAAGUUAUCACGGAUGAUGUAAGAUCAGCAAAUAGGAUAGCGGAUGUCUGGUUCGUUCAGGAACCAGCUGCUCAGGAGGUACUUUCCACCGCACUUACCAGGGGGCUCUUUAAACAAGGACAAGAAAGGAUAUCCAUCGUCACAACCGUUCUGGCAGACAUACUCGGCGCCACAAACUUCCUCCACAGAAAUCGCUGGAUACAUGGAGAUCUCAAACCCGUCAACAUUGGCAUCCGAACCUGGACCACCGAAUGCAUAUCUCUCGUGCUGCUCGAUCUCGAUGAUGCAGAAGAAAGCCCUUUUCCAGGUAGGCAUCACCUCGCUCGGCCUGGAACCGGCGGAACGGUCGGAUGGCUAGCUCCCGAACGAGAGAUGACGGGAUAUAACGAGCUGGCUGAUAUAUGGAGUAUUGGCGUCAUGGCCAUCGAGAUGAUUUCGGGGCGGCAUCCGUGGCGACAGGGCAAGAAUCCUUGGAGACCAGGCCCUGAAGCUAGUGAGUUGCAGAGAGACUUUCAGGAUAUGUACGGAGAAGCCGUUGGUGCUUUGGAUAAGCUUCAUGACGAGGCUUUGAGGAACGCUGUUCUUGGUAUGGUGCGGCAUCCAUAUGCUGAGACGUCGGCCCAGCGACAAUCAAGACUUACGGCGAAAGAGGCCCUGAGACUUCUGGGUCGCGCUGACGAUGUUGAGAACGCCAGCAAGCGACAGAAAUGGCUUUGA